AUCCUUGUAUAAGUUUAAUUAAUGACUUCUGAGCUUUUUUGUUGUAAUCCCAUUAUGGAGCCAUCUGCUUCAGCUCAAUGAAAAUCGCUAUUUCUUUUUCUUUAUGUAAUUUUUUUUUUGUGGAAGUGGGUUUUAUUUGGUGAUGAAGAAUCUCUUAGAAUUUGUUGCCUGCAUUAAUGAGAAGUUUUAUCGCGAGUUAUUGAGAUAUUGUGUUCAUUUGGAUGCUUAUUUGGUUUCUGGGUUCAAUUCUCGGUUUGCUAACUACUUUAUAUGGUCCAAUUCAAUUCUGGGUUCAAUGCGAUUAUUGUUGCCAUCAUCAUUAGACUGACAAAGGCCUUUAUACCUUUUCCCUUUCGAAGUGUCUGGUUAAGCAAGAAUAGGCUUAUGGGAAAGGAAUUUUAUAAUGACAUGAUUUAUGGCUUAUUUUUGCAGGGCUGGGACUCGAUUUUGGUGGAGGCAUUCAUUCGUCUAAACAAUCUGGUGAUGACUUGUUUUUUUUCAUUUUGCAAAGGGAAGGGAGUUUCAAGAGCUACUAGACAAACUCUAGAAGCUGAUGAUGAGGUUUCGGGGUCACAGAACAUUUGCUGUUACACUCAUAGGGAAUUGCAAAUGGCAACUGAAAACUUUAAUUCAGCCAAUAAAGUUGGAGAGGGAGGUUUCGGUUCUGUCUACAAGGGAAUACUUAAAGAUGGCACUGUGGCUGCCAUAAAGGUACUGUCAGCUGAAUCAAGGCAAGGUUUACGGGAGUUCUUAACAGAAAUAAAAGUGAUAGCAGAUAUAGAGCACAAUAACCUGGUUAAAUUGUAUGGUUAUUGUGCAGAUGGAAACCAUAGAAUUUUGGUCUAUGGCUACCUUGAGAAUAACAGCCUUGCACAAACACUUCUCGGUGGAGGCCAUAGCAGUAUCAAAUUCAGUUGGUCUACAAGGCGCAAAAUAUGCGUUGGAGUUGCACGAGGGCUUGCAUUCCUUCAUGAGGAAGUCCAGCCACAUAUUGUUCAUAGGGAUAUUAAAGCAAGUAACAUUCUCCUUGAUAGUGAACUCGAGCCCAAAAUAUCAGACUUUGGUCUUGCAAAACUUUUCCCAUCCCACCUGACUCAUAUAAGCACACGAGUUGCUGGAACUACAGGAUAUCUGGCUCCAGAAUAUGCAAUUCGAGGUCAGCUGACAAGGAAAGCUGAUAUUUACAGUUUCGGUGUUCUAUUGUUGGAAAUUGUUAGUGGGAGGUCCAACACAAAUAGGCGGUUACCCACAGAAGAGCAAUGCCUACUUAAAAGGGUAUGGGUAUUUUAUGAGAAAGGGGAGCUGGUUAACUUGGUGGACACAUCGUUGGGAAGGGAUUAUGAUGCUGAAGAGGCUUGCAAGUACCUGAAGAUAGGUCUUCUUUGCACCCAGGAAGUGUCAAAGUUGCGUCCCUUGAUGUCUACUGUUGUCUCGAUGUUAAUGGGUGAGAUGGAUGUGAAAGACAAGAUAUCAAGGCCUGGCUUGCUGUCUGAAUUCAGGAGUCUCAAAGGUGACAAAAAGCAGAAAGACAGAGACCAGAAUGACAAGUGGGAAACGAAGAAAUCAUCUCCAAAUUCAAGCAAGCUCGAAGAUUCGUCUUCAUCAUCAGGAAUGGCCACUUCAUAUGCUUCCAUGACCUUCAACUCAAUAUAUGACCGGAGCAAUUAACAGCAGUGUCCAAGUUUUGUUUUAGGGAGCAAAUGUAAGUGCAUACUUUACUUUCAAAAGCAAUUUUUCUGACAAGUAUUAGACUAUUUUACGGUAGCUUCCCUGCGAGUGACAACCUCCUUGUAAAUUCUUUUAUAGAAAAAUACUCUUUUUUUUUUUAA